ACCUCCCUAUCUUUCUGGUUUGCUUUCUCCCCACUCCACUACCCGCUGCCUUUACUCGGCUGUCUCCAGCUUCUUGCCUGUGUUAUUAUUAUUAAUGUGGAUCUUUCCUCUUUUCUUCACAGCUGAGGACCUGUGCGCUCACGGGAAGCACGGAUGUCAGCAGCUGUGUGUGAAAACCCCCGGAUCCUAUCACUGUGCCUGUCACAAGGGCUACACACUGAACCCGGACAAGACGACAUGCAAAGGUGCAAACUGCUCACUGAGCUCCAUCGACCUGGAGUUCGUCAUUGACGGCUCUGGGAGUAUCGCGAGCAAUGAGUUCUUGCAGCUGAAGACGUUUCUAAUCAAGAUGAUUGAGUUCUUCAAUGUGGGGCCCAAGGCCACGAGGUUGGGGCUGAUCCAGUACUCCAACAGCAUCCAGAACGUCUUCUCCCUGAAGACCUACCAGAACAAAGCGGACAUGAUCGAUAGCGUCAGAAAAGUCAAACAAUUGAGGGGCGGAACCCGGACCGGUUUAGCCAUCAAGUACAUUGUGGACACUGCCUUCACCGAGGCACAGGGAGCCCGGCCCCCAGGGAAACACAUCCCCAGGGUGGCCGUCAUCGUGACGGACGGGCGGCCCCAGGACGGUGUCAUUAAGGUGGCGGCCAGGGCACGGAAAGCCGGCAUUGAGAUCUACUCAGUGGGGGUGGGAUCAGCGGAUGUCAAAUCCCUCCGAGCCAUGGCCUCUCCCCCGCUUCAAGACCACGUCUUCACGCUGAAGACCUUUAAACUGAUUGAACAGUUCGAUAAGACCUUCCGGGAAAAGUUGUGCAGUAAGUAGAGAAGGAGCUUCAAGCUUACAUUGCUGCGUCAAACGCAAGAAUUAUUGUUAUUAAUAAUAAUGUAAAUAUUUCCUCCCUUCUCCCCAGAUCAGGACCCGUGUGCUCAAGGGAAGCACGGAUGUCAGCAGCUGUGUGUGAGAACCCCCGGAUCCUAUCACUGUGACUGUCACAAGGGCUACACACUGAACCCGGACAAGACGACAUGCAAAGCUGAGGACCUGUGCGCUCAAGGGAAGCACGGAUGUCAGCAGCUGUGUGUGAAAACCCCCGGAUCCUAUCACUGUGCCUGUCACAAGGGCUACACACUGAACCCGGACAAGACGACAUGCAAAGGUGCAAACUGCUCACUGAGCUCCAUCGACCUGGAGUUCGUCAUUGACGGCUCUGGGAGUAUCGCGAGCAAUGAGUUCUUGCAGCUGAAGACGUUUCUAAUCAAGAUGAUUGAGUUCUUCAAUGUGGGGCCCAAGGCCACGAGGUUGGGGCUGAUCCAGUACUCCAACAGCAUCCAGAACGUCUUCUCCCUGAAGACCUACCAGAACAAAGCGGACAUGAUCGAUAGCAUCAGAAAAGUCAAACAAUUGAGGGGCGGAACCCGGACCGGUUCAGCCAUCAAGUACAUUGUGGACACUGCCUUCACCGAGGCACAGGGAGCCCGGCCCCCAGGGAAACACAUCCCCAGGGUGGCCGUCAUCGUGACGGACGGGCAGCCCCAGGACAGGGUCACUGAGGUGGCGGCCAGGGCACGGAAAGCCGGCAUUGAGAUCUACUCAGUGGGGGUGGGAUCAGCGGAUGUCAAUUCCCUCCGAGCCAUGGCCUCUCCCCCGCUUCAAGACCACGUCUUCACACUGAAGAACUUUAAACUGAUUGAACAGUUCGAUAAGACCUUCCGGGAAAAGUUGUGCAAUCAGGACCCGUGUGCUCAAGGGAAGCACGGAUGUCAGCAGCUGUGUGUGAGAACCCCCGGAUCCUAUCACUGUGACUGUCACAAGGGCUACACACUGAACCCGGACAAGACAACAUGCAAAGCUGAGGACCUGUGUGCUCACGGGAAGCACGGAUGUCAGCAGCUGUGUGUGAAAACCCCCGGAUCCUAUCACUGUGCCUGUCACAAGGGCUACACACUGAACCCGGACAAGACGACAUGCAAAGGUGCAAACUGCUCACUGGGCUCCAUCGACCUGGAGUUUGUCAUUGACGGCUCUGGGAGUAUCGCGAGCAAUGAGUUCUUGCAGCUGAAGACGUUUCUAAUCAAGAUGAUUGAGUUCUUCAAUGUGGGGCCCAAGGCCACGAGGUUGGGGCUGAUCCAGUACUCCAACAGCAUCCAGAACGUCUUCUCCCUGAAGACCUACCAGAACAAAGCGGACAUGAUCGAUAGCGUCAGAAAAGUCAAACAAUUGAGGGGCAGAACCCGGACCGGUUUAGCCAUCAAGUACAUUGUGGACACUGCCUUCACCGAGGCACAGGGAGCCCGGCCCCCAGGGAAACACAUCCCCAGGGUGGCCGUCAUCGUGACGGACGGGCGGCCCCAGGACGGUGUCAUUAAGGUGGCGGCCAGGGCACGGAAAGCCGGCAUUGAGAUCUACUCAGUGGGGGUGGGAUCAGCGGAUGUCAAAUCCCUCCGAGCCAUGGCCUCUCCCCCGCUUCAAGACCACGUCUUCACGCUGAAGAACUUUAAACUGAUUGAACAGUUCGAUAAGACCUUCCGGGAAAAGUUGUGCAAUCAGGACCCGUGUGCUCAAGGGAAGCACGGAUGUCAGCAGCUGUGUGUGAGAACCCCCGGAUCCUAUCACUGUGACUGUCACAAGGGCUACACACUGAACCCGGACAAGACGACAUGCAAAGCUGAGGACCUGUGUGCUCACGGGAAGCACGGAUGUCAGCAGCUGUGUGUGAAAACCCCCGGAUCCUAUCACUGUGCCUGUCACAAGGGCUACACACUGAACCCGGACAAGACGACAUGCAAAGGUGCAAACUGCUCACUGGGCUCCAUCGACCUGGAGUUUGUCAUUGACGGCUCUGGGAGUAUCGCGAGCAAUGAGUUCUUGCAGCUGAAGACGUUUCUAAUCAAGAUGAUUGAGUUCUUCAAUGUGGGGCCCAAGGCCACGAGGUUGGGGCUGAUCCAGUACUCCAACAGCAUCCAGAACGUCUUCUCCCUGAAGACCUACCAGAACAAAGCGGACAUGAUCGAUAGCGUCAGAAAAGUCAAACAAUUGAGGGGCAGAACCCGGACCGGUUUAGCCAUCAAGUACAUUGUGGACACUGCCUUCACCGAGGCACAGGGAGCCCGGCCCCCAGGGAAACACAUCCCCAGGGUGGCCGUCAUCGUGACGGACGGGCGGCCCCAGGACGGUGUCAUUAAGGUGGCGGCCAGGGCACGGAAAGCCGGCAUUGAGAUCUACUCAGUGGGGGUGGGAUCAGCGGAUGUCAAAUCCCUCCGAGCCAUGGCCUCUCCCCCGCUUCAAGACCACGUCUUCACGCUGAAGAACUUUAAACUGAUUGAACAGUUCGAUAAGACCUUCCGGGAAAAGUUGUGCAAUCAGGACCCGUGUGCUCAAGGGAAGCACGGAUGUCAGCAGCUGUGUGUGAGAACCCCCGGAUCCUAUCACUGUGACUGUCACAAGGGCUACACACUGAACCCGGACAAGACGACAUGCAAAGGGAAAGUAGAUACGGACGAGUGUGGGUGUAAGGCUCAGCUGGAUUUCCAAAGCAAAGUGUUCUUCAUGUUAAACGGAAUUCGCAAGCAUGUGGGCCGAUUGACGCGGAAACUCGGCAAAUUGAAAACGCGUUGUGGCUAAUUUAGGAUCCAGUCAGAGUUGAAUUUUCACCCGGAUCCCGAAGGUGAAAGCAUUGCGUCCUCAUGUUGAACGUGCUUUUAAAAGGAAUCUGACAGGACGGAAGAAUAUACUCUACUGGGAACACUCAG